CACACCCCCUCCUCUCAUCAGUUCAUCACAGCUCUUGAUCUCUAGCUAGAGAUAAGCUUCCUCUUCCUCUCGGUCGAGUGAUCCUCUCUCACUCUCACCAGGAGCUCAGCUCAGCUAGCUCAAGGAGGCCGGAAGAAAUGGCGUCGAUGUCGAUGACCAGCAGCUCGGUGCGGGCGCAGUGGACGAAGAAGCAGAACAAGCUGUUCGAGCAGGCGCUGGCCGUGUACGACAAGGACACGCCCGACCGGUGGCACAACAUCGCCCGCGCCGUCGGCGGCAAGUCCGCCGAGGAGGUCAGGCGCUACUACGAGCUGCUGGAGGAGGACGUCAAGCACAUCGAGUCCGGCAAGGUGCCCUUCCCCGCCUACCGCUGCCCCGGCGGCGCCCUCGGCUACGAGGCUGACAGGAUGAAGCAUCUGAAGAUCUAGGCAAACUUCAGAGGAUGACGGUCGAGAAGAGGCCGCGCACGCACGUGUAUAUAUGAUUGGGACAGCAUGCAUGUCCAUGCUACUCCUACGCAAGUGGUCUGGAAGGAGCAAGAAGAAUCAGAUGAGAUGCAUGCAUGUUAGUUAAUAAUUAGUAUGGGAUGAGUAGUACCCUAGCCUGUCACGCGAGAUCGACCGACCUAUCGAUCUCCCAUGUGUCCUUCGUACCCACUCGUAUGUGUAUUAUAUCCUAGCUGCAUCUGUGUACCAUACCAAUCAAGAACACAUGAACUUGAUAUUAGCUGAUGCAUUUCUA